GAAUCCAAUUUUUUUUGUUUCAGUUGUGGAAAUCCAAUCAGUAUUGUGGCAUCUGCAAGAGUCUCUUUGACCAUGCUCGGUGAAAUACUGACCUGAGUUAUAAACUAUUACAUCUACAAUAUGUAGCUGACGUGAUUUGAUGUAUUACGUGUGUUGUGAUGGGCGUAACGUAUGGGUUCAUGCUGGGUGCGACAUCAUUACGAAUGAGCGCUUUAAGGAACUGGAGCACAACAAUUACUAUUGCCCUGAUUGUAAAGUCCUAGAGAGUCUCUUCCCAGAUACAACACGCAGUGGUUGCACGCCUCUCUGGAUCCGUAAUGCCGCAGCCAAGCGAGGAAGUCGCGAGGACAGGUCUCGAUGAGUCUACGAUUGAGUCAUACAAGAAAGUUGAGCUAGGGGAGAGUAGGAGACUCCCGACCGGGUC